AUGGGCCAGGUCCUCCCUACGCACCGACUCGCCCACUCCCCCUACGGUGGCCUCGCGCAGCCCGCCGUCACACAGGCCAUCCGACUACUGUCCAAGGGCCCCUUCCCCGUCGAACCGCACCCUGCGAUCCCCGAACGCCAGCACUGGAGCAUACAAAACGUCUGCGUCGAUCCUUUUUCUGAUCUUCCCACGGCGUAUACCACGGACGGCCAUGAUUCCCACCUCGCGCCAUCCGCUUACGCCUGCAACUCGUACUCCUGGUUUCACAUUUUCCCCGAGGGCAAGAUUCACCAGGCGCCGAACAAGACGAUGCGCUAUUUCAAAUGGGGAGUCGCUCGACUCAUCCUGGAGGCCAGCGAAUGUCCGGACGUCGUACCGAUUUGGUUAGAGGGGUUCGAUCAGGUCAUGCACGAGAGUCGCGAAUUUCCGCGUUUUCUCCCGCGGCCAGGAAAAGAGGUCAGCGUGACAUUCGGCAAGAAGGUCGACACCGACGCUAUAUUUGGGGAAUCGAGGAAGCGAUGGCAGGAAUUGAAAGAAAAGGCUGAAUUGGCCGCUCCCGACACCCGCGAUCAACCGAUUGGGGUCCUGAGCGAUGAGUUAUUAUACGGAAAGGAAGCCGUCGAGCUGCGCAAGGAGGUGACGAAGAAAGUGCGAGAUCUCGUGCUAGACGUCAGACGCUCGAGAGGACUCUCCGAUGAGGAUCCCAAGGAAGGCCUGGUGGAAACUUGGAUCCAGGAAGGUCCCAAGCGGGAAGGCAAGAUGAAGGACGACUCCUGGGUGCGGGAUGUAUAA